CAAGUAACUCUUUCAUUCUUUUUUUAUCUUAUCUCAAUAAAUUUUUUAGACAUUUGUUCUGUGUAUCUAGCAAAUUAUUAUGUUUUUUUUUUAAUGAAACGACUAACUGGGAAAGACUAAUAACCCUCACUUGUGUGUUUAGAAUUGACAAACUGAGAAAAUGGAGAAGAGCUUCACUCUAGUUCAGACGGUCCUCACUGCCGGAGUCUUCUCUGCCGUUUCCCUCUGGUAUGGAUUCAUGUUCGGAAGAGAAUCUGCUCGAAAAGAGCUCGGCGAUGUGAUUGAAAAUCUUCGCCGUGGAGACCAAGACCAAAAUCCCCCUCUGCCACAUUCUUGAUUCCAACAUUAUUCUUGUUAGUUCUCCUCCUAAAUCUUCAUGUUUGCCUCAAAUAUGGAUUUUCCUCCACUAAAGAUUAUGGCAUACUCAGGCGCUUGGAUUUGAGGCUGCGGGCAUCAUAUGGGAUUCAACUUCAAACAGCUUUCAUUCAUGAAUUAAGAGAUUCAAUCAAGUGGAAAGUAGCUUCAGAUUUUUGUUGAGAACAGCCCCUGUCUUCUAACAGCGUGCUUGCUGGUGGAUGUGCUUCUGUACUUUUUAUGUUCUUGCAGUGCUUACCCCAAUUUGAGAUAAACAUCGUUUAUCAAGAGAUUUGUUUGUAUGACAUAAUUUGAGCAAGAAAUGUUACAAACACGAUAUGUGCAUCCUCAAUAUAUCUAUAAAAUUUAGGGUAAAUUGCGGCUAAACUCCUCAUUCUUUUGGGUUUGUUACAGUUAAAUACCCAUUCUAUUUUUUUAAUGACUAAACUACCCAAAUAUAGUGGAACAAUAUUCCGUUAAUACCCAGCUGUUAAGCUCGUUAACUUGACUAUGGGGUUAUCUAAAAUGCAUACACGUGGGUAGGAUGUCAAAACUUAUUCUAAUAUUUUUUUUUUAAAUAAAGUUAAUUAAACAGAAAAAGAAAUAAAAUAGAUAAUAGAGAGAGAAGUGGAGAAGUCGACAAAUGCUAAAACUUUACCCAGAUUUAGACUUCUCCCAAAAUUAAAUCCACAUUUUGACUUCUCAAUGGAACUGCAAGUUUUUGAAUAAACUAAUAUAGAUCCAAUUGCAAGUCGUGAGGCUUCUGAGUAUGGUAAGUAUACUAUUCCUUAUUCUUCUUAUUUUGCUUGUUUGGAAGUAUGUGUUUUUUUUACUGAAAGAAAUGUGUUUCUUGAUAAAGAUGAGAGUGAGUUGAUUGGGUUUGAUGCUUACUGGGUCAGUUUUAGGUGGAAGCAAUGAAGGUAGAAUGGGUUUUGGAGCUGCUGGUACUUCACAAGAUCAUCACGAUGAUGGUGGUGGCCAGAGCCGAAGGAUUGAUUGUGAAGAUGGUCUCAUUUUGGGGGCCCAGAGAAAUGAUUUUGGGUCUGUUGUUGGCUUUAACUUGAUCCCUCCAUCUGUGGUCAAUGAAGUCCAUGACCCUUCUGCUCGAGUCGAAGUUGAAGAAGAGUCCCAUGCUUUUCAAGAGAUUUUACUCUUGGCUAAUAUAGAAGAUGGGUUCAUUUUUUAAGAAGAUGAGUAUGCACCAUAUGUACAAGAAGAGAGACAAAUGGAUAUGCCACAAGAUCCAAGUAGAUGGUGGGCAUCUGUCACUUCGUUAUGCAUCCAAGGGGUUGACGAGAAUGAAGAUGCUUACAUAUCUGAUAGUGAUGUCAAUAGUUUGUGUAGUGAUGAGGAUGAGUGUGACCGAAAGAGGAGCAAGAAAGAGUACAAUCCAAGGACUGCAGAAUUCAUCACAUUCAAAUUCUGUUUGGGGAUGGAAUUUGCCACUGUUGAGCAACUCAGACAUGCUCUAAAAGAGUACUUUAUUAGCAAUGAUAGGGAGUUUGUGUAUGUCAUGAAUGAUCAGUUAAGAGUUCGAGCAAAGUGUAGAGGCAAAGGUUGUCCAUGGGUGUUAUAUGCAAGACAACAAAAAGGUGUGGACAACAAGAGUUUUAGAGUUAACACUCUAGUUGAUCGACAUGAAUGUGGCAUUGUUUUCAACAACAGGCUUGUGGAUUCCACAUGGCUAGGGAAUCAUUUUUUAGAGCAAUUUCGUAUGAAUCCCAGCAUGAGUUUCAAAUGUUUUAAAGAGAUGACUUCGAAGGGUAAAUAUGCAAAUACAACCAGUGAUGCGUUCUACAGAGCAAAGAAAGUUGCUACAGAAAUUCUUGAAGGGUCUGUGAAGGAGCAAUAUGCAAUUCUAGAAGAUUACUGUAACCAGAUUCGAGCAACUAACCCUGGUUCUACUGCUAUACUGAAAACUAGGAUGGAAGGGGACAAGAGAUACUUUGAAAGAGUUUAUAUUUGUCUACAGGCAUGCAAAGAAGGAUUCAACAGAGGAUGCAGGCCAUUGAUUGGUGUAGAUGGUUGCUUUCUUAAAGGCUAUUGCAAGGGCAUGUUGUUAGCAGCAAUUGGAAUUGAUGCAGUUAAUGCAAUGUUCCCAAUUGCUUAUGCUGUAGUGGAGAAGGAGAACAAAUCAAGUUGGACUUGGUUCCUUGAAUUAGUGAAAGAGGAUUUACAGAUCCAGAAUCCACACAGCUUUUGUAUGCUAAGUGACAGGCAAAAAGGCCUUGAAAAAGCUUUGGAGAAGUUAUUUGAAGGUGCUGAAAUUAGAUUUUGUGUUAGACAUUUACAUGCCAACUUCAAGAAAGAUUACCCUGGUUUGCUACUUAAGCAAAUGUUGUGGGCAGCAGCAAGGGCCACCACCAAAGAAGAAUGGCGAAGGAGAAUGUAUGACUUCAAACAAAUCAGCGAGCCUGCGUACACUUGGUUGUCCAAUAAGGCACCUACAGAGUUGACUGAGUCCCACUUCAAGGAGCAUGUGAAGUGUGAUAUGCUUUGCAAUAAUCUCUGUGAGAGCUUCAAUGCAGCAAUAAUAGGCGUUAGGGACAAGACUAUUAUAAUCUUGUUGGAGAAAAUAAGGUAUUGGCUCAUGCGCAUAUUUUGUACCAAGAGGGAAAGUGUUAAAAAGUGGGUGCAUCCGGUUGGCAAGAGGAUCUUGGACAUUAUUGAGAAGAACAAAAAAGUGGCAAGGCGUUGUCUCCCAACCAUGUCCACCUUAACUACAUUUGAGGUAAAUUUCAUGAACAUUGAAGUCUUUGUUGUAGAUUUGUACAAGCGAACUUGCGCAUGUAGGAGUUUCCAAUUGAAUGGCAUACCUUGUGGUCAUGCACUAGCAUGUAUUUGGUUUAGCAACCUAGAUGUCAUGAAUUUCAUAGAUGGUUUCUACAAGAAAGUUGCAUUUGAAGCAACCUAUUCAGGAGCAAUUCAACCAAUGUCAAGUCCUGAUAAAUGAUCUAUGACUACUUAGAAUCCUAUAUUACCACCCCCAGAAACUUCAAUGCCAGGAAGACCCAAAAAAUCUAGGAGAAGAGAGGUGGAUGAACCACCCCCCGGUGCCACUAAAGCAAGGAGAUUUGGAAAGGUGAACACAUGUAGCAAUUGCAAGCAGCCUGGGCAUACAAUGCCAACUUGUAAAAAUGCAAAAGUUGCUACUGAGCACUUGACAUACAAGAAACCGGGGUGUCCGAAGAAGAAGAAUCCCAAGCCAGAGUCUAUUAAAAGAAAGGAAAGGGAAAAUAGGCAGAAAGCAAGAGCUAAUGGCCAGUAUUUAUAGGCCAAAAUUAUGUCUUUUGAAGAAUGGCAAGAAACAUCUAUUUUGUAUAGGCCAAAAUAUCUAUAUCUUUUGUACAGGCCAAAAAAAUCUAUCUUUUGCCAUAACAUAAAUCUAUCUCUUUUGUAUA